CUAUUCCGACUUUCGAGUCCUUCUCAAAUUAUGAUUGGCUAGCCUUGGUCACUACCAUUCUCAGGGGAAAUAUUGGUUGGUCAAACUUAAUGGCAAUUUCAACAGAUAGCGUAGUCACACGUUACUGUAGCAACCUGACGCCCUGGCUGCUUUGGCAUUGCACAUCCAUGCUGGAGUUGCUAAACAAAUAUGAGAAAGUAAACGGUUUCGAAUAUAGAAUGUGCGUUAUGGACUAAUCUGUCAAAAUUGCAAUUUAUGUAAGAACGUUUGUCGUUUGAAGUGGUGCUGAUCUUGAUUAGUAGCGUAAAUAGCAUGUGUCAAAUAUGCUUUUGACAGUGCCUCAGAAAAAAUCAGCAGUUGGUCCUGCGAACAAAUGUCCUUCUUUGGAAAAAAAUGAUUAUAAGUUGAUUAGAGAACCGCAGACUCCAAAACAACCUUCUACAUUUUCAAGAUCUGGCAGGCCAGUUCGGUGCUCAUCAACACACGAUAAACAAAAUGCACCAGCUCUGUCAUCCAGGAAUAUUCAUACUACUGGCUGCAUAAGGAGAAGGACUGCAAAUGAUUGGUUGUCACCCAAGUAUUUCUCUUACAUUCAGGCAGUUGCAAGUGCAGAAAGUCAUGAAGCAAAUUUGAUUGCCCAUCCUCUACUCGAUACUGAAAAUAGCUUUGUAAAGGAAAUGGAAAGAUUUUUGCAUCACAGAGACGUUCUUGAAUUGAGAAAGAAGGAACUCUUGUACAAGAAAUGGUCUGAAUCUGUAUCGGAACCACUACAGCAAAAAAUUGAAGACUUGGUUGAAAGCCAGUCAGCUGAGGACAUUAGAAGCAGAAAAAGUUUGAUGCUAGCAAAAUAUCUAAAUUAUUGCAACAAAAAGGGCUGUGUAUUUCUGGAAGAUUACAAUCCCCAAGAAUACAAUCCAUUUUAUCUGCAGUAUCACAGGCCACACUAUUUUAAGGUAGUGACCCCAGCACUGAAUGAUCCACUUUUGCUACAGAGCCGAGAAAGAGCGCAAGAGGAAGGUACAAUUCUGAGGUGUAAAACAGGCAAAGUGUAUUCUACCCGGGAACUUGAAGAACUACACAAGCCAAAGCAACCACUUGUACCACUUGGAAGACAAACAGAUAGCAUUAAGUGGAUAAGAAUGCCACUCGGGUUCAUAGAAAGCAACAUUCGGCAAAAAAGCAUGCAGAAGAUGAAAGGUAUUUUCAACUAUGGAACCCUGAAUUUUGAGGUGUGGUCUAAUACAUGUUAUCCUCCAAUAAUUUUUGAUGAAGAAAUGCAUGUUUGCCACAAAAGAAAAUUUCCAAAGGUCACUGCUCCUCAGAGAAUAAUGACAGAUGUGAAAAGAGAAUCUGCUGAGCAGCCUGCUCAGUUGACUGCCACAGAUGAAGAUGUAGAAUAAAGUGCAACAGUGCCUCAUUUUA